AUGGGUAUCAGCGAGGUAACUCAACGAAAGAGCGGGAGAGUAAGAAAGGCACCGCUACGUUACGGUUAUCGAAUUGUAGAUAUCAGAUACUUCCUAAAUAUAACAACUAAAAUUCAAGUACAACACAACAAGAGGUGCACUGGUGGACAAUUAGUUUAUCUAAAAGAAGUGCGAUAUGGAGGAUGGUCUAAACGAAGCUAUGGACAUACGUAUAAUGCAAAUUCUGGAGCUGCUGUUAUAAUAGGGAAAACAACAGGAAAAGUAUUAUUCAUGGUGAUUCCUCAGUUUUUAAAAAUAUUAAAGAAAAGGUACCAUAUGGACACGAGUGCUUGCAAACAGUAUUUGUGCACCAAUACUGGAGACGUUUCUAAUGAUCGAACAACUCAACUUAUAUCUUCUGGCCUGCAUCACCAUCUUUUUGGUGCUAUUGAGCAAUUAUUAAUGAAGGCUGAUUUACUUCUUGAUAAAGAAACCAACAAUAAAGCAGAAAUUUUUAUGAAUAUAAUGGCUCGUUUCAAUAUGGGAAAAAGAUUGAACUUGAUUCAAAGAAAUUCAUUUCAAAUACGAGCUCAUUUAAGCGUCCUCUCUUACAAUUAUGGUUCAGAUUGGAAUUAUUUCUGA